AUGGCCGUGCUGGGCAGCGGGGGAAGCUGCACACGAGAAGCACACCUCCGGGACAACUCGGUGGUGAGUCCAGAUAGUCUCGGAGAGUUUCCUCCGCGAGACCAUGCAGAUCCUACGAAAAAAUCGUCGCAGAAUGUUUUGAAGUACCAUGUGGAUUUCAAUUCUGAUGUUCCUGGCGAAACCGCAGAACUUUGGGUUGGCACUCCGUAUGCGGCGUGGAUCGAGAGGGACGUGCGCCGGCGGCACGCGAAGGAACACAUGGCUAAGAUCGACGAGCUGCAGGAGAAGCUGCUGCAAGAGGUGCGGCGACGUGAAGCGGUGGAGCGAGAGCUCGAGGAAGCCAGAGAGGAACUGAAGAAAGUCCCAGAGUUGCAGGCAGCUUUGUCUGAGAGCAGACAGACCCUCAUCAAGUAUGUGGAAAAAGGUAUGGCUGCCAGUAGCCUUGGGAAUCUUUUUGCUGUGUGCCGCAACGUCCUCCACCAGUGGCGAAGACACACAACUGUGAAUACCAUCGACCGCUUGCGCAGACGCACUCCUGACGUGGGGCGCUGCCACUUCGAGCUGCUACAGCUCCAUGAGCAGGGCCUCGAGCAUCUCAAGGCAGUGCAGGUUGACAUGUUGAACUCCGUCGCGCGUUUCAUGGACAAAGAUGCCAUGAUAAUUCCAGAUCGCGACGACACAGAUGAGGAGUGGUUCGAUGCAUGGAGUGUGGAGCCUAUCGCCAAAGUUGCGUGUGAGGCCAGCAACUGCGAGAUGCGAAGGAAGCUCAAGGAGAUCUGCCUCGAAGACGGGCAGUGCGUGCGAUGUGCUGCGGGCAUGAGUGGCUCAACCUGCGACGACACGCUUGGGUCAACUCUCGACAAUUGCGUGACCCAGCAGCCGACACAAGCCACGGAUUCCUGGUUCGAUUCGGUGCCCGACUGGACGAGACAGGCUGAGAGUGUGAGCAUCGGCGACACCUUGGACUCCAAGUGCUUGGAGGUCGAGUCAUUCUCCAUGAACAGGAAUCUUGUUGAGCAUGGGCUGCCCCUCAUGCUUCGGGUUGGCGAAGUCGGCAACAGAUUCUCCGAGUACUUCGUGUGCGUGCACAAAGGCGGUGAUAAUUUUAGCUUGUUGGACCGGAGGAUCAGCCGAGAGAAGCACAACUUCCACUAUGCUUGGGAGGACGUGAGCAUCUAUCACUACGUUCAGCCCGUCCUACCCGAGGCUGGUGACUGCAGCCCGGAAGUUGCAGCUGAGCGCCCAGCGCAGGCUCUGAAGAGCUACUAUACUGACGAGGUGGUCCGGUGCACUUUCCACGCCAAGUGCAAUCCGCGGCAGAUCGACCUCAUGUUCAAAACCAAACAGGCAUUGCAGUGCUGGGUGCACCUCCUGCAGUCCAAGCUCCUCGUGAAGAUAUCGCAGGUCGUUCAUCCCUCCUUGUCGCCCUGCGGUAUGGAGGCCACAUUGCCAACUCCCUUAUCGAGCUCUUUGCCACUGCCGCAUGCGCACUGGGUUCCUAUGGACCUGGAUAGCCCGCAGGCCGAGACCGUUUGGGAACCAUCACCCUCGCCGACUACCGCAACCUCACUACAGAACGACGCGCAGGGUGGCGAUCUUCAGGAUCCGGUCUCAGAGGAUGCCGAUGAGGCUCGACAGGAGAAGGAAUCUGCAACCUCACGGGCAUCGAGCGCGAGGCAGAGUGUCGCCCGCUCUGGCUCCUUGCACUCUUCAGAGCGACCUCCGGACUGGGCCACCAUGAGCGAGAGAUCUCUCAACAGUUUCUAUGCGGUUUGA